AAAACUAAUAGAGAGGAUCAAUUGAAGAGAGAGAGUGAAAGGCGAAGACAAGGGUACAAGUAAGGUCGGGACUUUUGUUUUCAAUCUUGUCUUGGGGUGUGAGCUCUUUACCAUUACUCACUUGCAUCUACAGUGCGUGCAAAUAUGGAACUUCACAACGUAACAUGCACGUAAAAAAAACCCACACUGCUGCUAAAUCUUUUAUCAUCUACCACAAGCCAAAAAAAAAGUUUGACACCAGCAAAACAAAUGGGAGAGUGAAACAGACGCUCAUCAAGGAGAGGAUGAUACAGGAAACAAUGGGGAGGUUUUUAUUGGGAAACUAAAAUCCCAAAUCUGAACGCAUUAAUAAAAAAGCCUGAGGUGAUUUUUUUUCGGAAACUCAUAUAAAACAAAACCAAAAAAUAAAUCACCUCUAUCUAUCCUACCCUCCAUUAAAGAUCCUUCCCCAAGGAUUUUCCAUUUUUCAUUCUUCUUUCUCCCACUUACCUGUCUCUUUCUUUCAUCCCCCUUUUUUUCUGUUCUUAGAAAAAAGAAAAUGCAGAGCUUCAAAGCUGCAGCACCUCAUACUACCCCAGACAUGUUUUGCCACUCUUCUUUUUUUCUUAGGGGGGACGACGAUUUUAAUCCCGCUAAAGCUUUUCAUCACGAUGAUUCUGUUGACUUAAGCUCAGGCUCCAUUUUUAGUUUAAAAUCCAGUAAUGUUGAUGUUGUUGGCAAUAGCUUGCACUAUGACGCCUUCAACACGGGAAUCAGGGCAGCAGAGAUAGUUUCAAGUGGGACGGGGUGUUUGGAUACAGGGCAGUUCAUGUAUCAGAAAGGGACAACGUUGGGGAAUGGGCAUAUUGAAAACUGGGGUGACUCUGGCCUUGCUGAUAAUAGCCAACAGACUGACACUUCUACUGAUGUUGACACUGAUGAUAAAAACCAGCUUCAACAUGGAGCUAUUAUAACCGUGGAUCAGUCCAAGUUAAAAACUGGUGAUCAAAAGACACUUCAGCGGCUGGCUCAAAAUCGAGAAGCUGCAAGGAAGAGUAGAUUGAGAAAGAAAGCAUACGUCCAGCAGCUUGAGAGCAGUCGACUUAGGCUUACACAACUAGAGCAAGAGCUUCAAAAAGCACGACAGCAGGGUAUUUUUAUUGUGUCUGGACUUUCCGGUGGCCACGGCCUUUCUGUUAGUGGAAAUGCAGCCCUGGCCUUUGACAUGGACUAUGCUCACUGGCUCAAUGAGCAUCAACGGCUGAUUAAUGACCUAAGAUCAGGUCUUAAUUCUCAUCUAGGAGACAGUGAAUUGCGAAUUCUUGUUGAGAGUGUGAUGGCACAUUAUGAUGAAGUUUUCAAGCUAAAAAGCAUUGGUGUAAAGGCAGAUGCAUUUCAUAUGCUUUCUGGCAUGUGGAAAACACCUGCAGAGAGGUGUUUUAUGUGGUUGGGCGGAUUCCGUUCCUCCGAACUUCUCAAGAUACUUGGAAACCACCUUGAGCCUUUGACAGACCAACAAUUAAUGGGCAUAUGUAAUCUACAGCAAUCCUCCCAACAAGCUGAAGAUGCCUUAUCACAAGGAAUGGAAGCUUUGCAACAAGCUCUGGUAGACACUCUUUCAUCUGCAUGUUUGGGUCCUACUGCCUCCGGGAAUGUUGCAGAUUACAUGAGCCAGAUGGCUAUUGCAAUGAGCAAGCUUGCUACUUUGGAGAACUUCCUUCACCAGGCUGACCUAUUGAGACACCAAACUCUGCAGCAAAUGCAUCGGAUUUUAACCACUCGCCAAGCAGCCCGAGCCCUGCUAGUUUUUAGUGAUUACAACUCACGCCUUCGGGCACUUAGCUCUUUAUGGUUAGCUAGACCCAGAAACUAAUGAUAAUUCUUUCAUUCCAUGAAGCUUUUGUUGAUUUCAUUAAUGCUUUUUGCACAUAUUGAUGUGGUUCUGCCAUAUAUUGCACCUUCUUUCACAACCCAUUGAAGGUGAUGGGAUGGCCAUGUAGAAACAUGAUGGUUAUGCUAUGGUUGUAAUUUCAUUUACUAAAGUGAGAAAAUUUUCCAAUAUUGGCCUAUAGAGUUGGCAUUAUUCUAAAUAGCGCUGUAUGUUAGGUAGGACACUUUAAUGCUUGAAAGUAUUUAACAACAUAUUAUUAUUAACAUUUAGAUCUUUGAAAGUAACCGACAAAGCUUAAGAUGUAUAUUCUCCUGUCUGGUUCAUGAUUGUUUGGUUGUGGCCUGUGUUUUUUCUCUUGCGCAUUCUUGAAGGCCUCCGCCAUCUUCUGGAAUUGUUGAUGUGGGGGAUGAACACUCCAGUACCACUUCUAUUGCUAUUAUCAUUUCUCCAUAGAUUUGAAAGCCAAGUUGGAGCUGAGUUCGUUUUCUCGCCGGCACACCAACUGAAAUAACUUGCAUGUCUUAAGCGACAUAGAUUAGCAGCCCCCCUGGUUGGUGGGGGGUUGUUAGUUUCAGUUUGUUGAUAAUCGUCGUCGUCUUCAGCUGUUAAAAGUAGAAUCUGUCUUCUAAUUUCAGCAUAGAAGCCAUCGUCUUCAUAGUCCAUGUCCAUGUCCAUGGGAAAAAGAGAAGUUCUGAGUAAGGUGGAAAUUAAGGCUUGAAGAGCAAGUGGCGUGGUUGGACAAUUUAUAGGAGAAUCUGGAGAAGAAGUAACAUUGUUUAGGGUCAAUGUUUCAGGUCCAAAAAAACCUUGAUGACUUUAAGUGUUUCCAAAUGGAUCUUUGAAUGUCCCACUUUUUGUAUGUUAGUUCAUGUUUGUCUCUUAAUUGCAUUUAUUUAAUACAAACCCCUUCGAGAA